ACAUAGCUUUGGAAGAAACAGAAGAGAACAAGUAACUUAUGUAACACUAUGGAUGCCCAGAGGAGCCACGUAACCAUCUUGUUGGCUGUAUGUUUGAUCCUGCUGGGAUUAUUAAGUUGUGUUGUAUCAGCUGAAUGGCAAGGAGAUCUGUCAUCUUAUCACAUUGCUUCAUUCAGUAAUCCUCAUCCUCCUAGACCUCUCAAUGAUCCAUCUGGUAACCACAAUGCUAAAUUCAAUCAUUUCACUCUAUCUGGCCCUGAUGGAGCUGCGUAUGUUGGAGCUGUCAACUACUUAUACAGACUGGAUAGUUCGUUGAAUCUGCUACAGAAUGUUAGUACAUGUCAAGAACUAGGAGAGGGUAGAUGUGAUAUAUUCACCAACUACAAUAAAAUCCUGAUAUUAGAUAAUCAGAAUCGGUUGAUUACAUGUGGAAGUGAGAAUGAAGGAAAGUGUCAGUUCAGGAAUCCAGAUGAUUUAACUGAUGUGUUGUUUCAACCAGUGCCUAAUGUUGCUGGUUUUGGAGAGUUGUCUACUGUGAGUUUGAUUGCACCAGGAACUGAUGGACCAAUGGGAGAUGGUCCAGUUGGAGGAGACUGGUUGUAUGUAGCUGUGACUUACUCCGAUGAGGUUUGGUGUAUCCCACCAGUCAGCAGAAGAAUCCUUAGUACAGACGGAUUGUUAAUAUCCCCAGCACCAUACCCAGGAUCGUCUUCAUCUGUUGCAUUGGGGUUUUCUUAUAAUCGCAAUCCAUUCCCAAUAACGUAUGUAACUGGUUUCUCAUAUGAUGGAUUCACAUACUUCAUCACUAAUCAAAUGGAGGAUUUUGGUUCCAAUGUCUUUGUUUCUAAAAUAAACAGAGUCUGUCAGACCAGUCCAACAUUUGACUCUUACACAGAAAUCACCCUACAAUGCCAAGGAUCAGAUGGUAGUGUGUACAGUUUGGUACAAGCUGCUCAUAUUGGCCCAGCAGGUCAGGAUCUUGCUGUAUCAUUAGGUUUGAAUGCUGAAGACAUGGUGUUGUAUGCUGUGUUUGCUAAGAAUGAAGGAGCUGAUGGGACUAGUGAUGUACCUAUUGAUCAGUCAGCAUUGUGUGUGUAUAAGAUGAGUGAUAUAUUAGAUGCCUUCAAGGAAGCAGUCAGGGGAUGUAUUCAAGAUGGAGAUGACUACUCAGUGCAGUACUUGGAAGGAUCCAUCUGUCCAUCAUUACCAGUGAGUAUGAGUAUGGUCACCUUUAACCACCCCGUAAACUUCAAGCUUUCAAGUUAUGUGCACGUUUAUGAUGAGGGACAUAACAUAAAUACCAUCAGGAUAAUGUUUUCAAUUUGA